UUUCUAUACUAAGAGGAUCAUUUCAGUUCCCACAUCAUUGUGGGAGAGGAGGAGUCUAGAGGCGGAAGACUGAAGAAUAAAACCACCUCCUGGAAGAUAGAACUGCUGACAGCUGAUAAGGGGAGAUCCUUGCCAGCUUCACUCUGCUCUCUAGCAUCAGUUCAGCUGCAAAGGGAUAAAGAAGCAAAUCCACUAGAAAUAAAAAUAACUUGCACCAUGAGUAACAAAUACGACGUGGUUGUGAUAGGAGCCGGCAUCUCAGGUCUCUCAGCUGCUAAGUUGCUGGUAGACUCAGGACUGAGUGUGGUCGUACUAGAGGCUCGAGACCGAGUUGGAGGAAGAACUUACACAGUGAAGAAUAGCAAAACAAAAUAUGUUGAUCUUGGUGGUGCAUAUGUGGGACCAACCCAGAACAGAAUCCUAAGACUUACCAAGGAACUUGGAGUUGAAACAUACAAAGUAAAUGAAGUGCAACGUCUUAUCCAUUAUGUUAAGGGUAAAUCAUAUGCCUUUAAAGGUCCAUUCCCUCCAAUGUGGAACCCGAUUGUCUACUUGGAUUACAACAAUCUAUGGAGAACCAUGGAUGAAAUGGGAAAGGAGAUUCCUAAUGAAGCCCCAUGGAUGGCACCACAUGCAGGGGAAUGGGACAAAAUCACUAUGAAAGAACUGAUUGACAAGCUGUGCUGGACUAACACAGCGAAGAAGUUUGCAACACUUUUUGUAAAUGUAAAUGUAACAUCAGAGCCUCAUGAAGUGUCAGCUCUUUGGUUCUUGUGGUAUGUGAAGCAGUGCGGAGGUACAACAAGAAUUUUCUCAACAUCUAAUGGAGGGCAGGAGCGAAAAUUUGUUGGUGGAGCUGGGCAGAUAAGUGAAAAAAUGGCAGAACAGUUACAAGGUCGAGUAAAAUUGCAAAGUCCUGUAGUGCGUAUUGAUCAGUCAGUAGAUAUUGUUAGACUGGAAACAAUGGCUCAUGAAGUAUUUGAGGCCAAAUACGUUAUCAGUGCCAUUCCACCAUGUCUUUGUAUGAAAAUUCAUUUCAACCCUGAAUUGCCUCCAUUAAGAAAUCAGCUGAUUAGUCGUGUUCCUAUGGGAUCGGUAAUAAAGUGUAUGGUCUAUUACAAGGAAGCCUUUUGGAGAAAGAAAGAUUAUUGUGGAAGCAUGAUUAUUCAAGAUGAAGAUGCACCAAUUGGUCUGACCCUUGAUGAUACCAAACCAGAUGGCACAGUGCCUGCUAUUAUGGGAUUCAUUCUUGCUCGCAAAUCAAGAAGACUAGUCCAUCUCACAAAAGAUGAAAGAAAGCGAAAAAUCUGUGAGCUGUAUGCUAAAGUAUUGGACUCAGAGGAUGCUCUACAUCCGGUGCAUUAUGAAGAAAAGAACUGGUGUGAUGAGCAGUACUCUGGGGGAUGUUACACCGCUUACUUUCCACCAGGAAUCUUGACUCAGUACGGAAGAGUUCUUCGCCAACCUUUUGGUCGGAUCUUCUUUGCUGGCACCGAGACAGCAACAGAAUGGAGUGGAUAUCUUGAAGGAGCAAUCCAGGCUGGAGAAAGAGCUGUCAGAGAGAUUUUAUUCGAUUUGGGCAAAAUUCCAGAGAGUGAUAUUUGGAUGCCAGAACCACAGUCAUUGGAUAUUCCAGCACUGCCCAUUGCUACUACUUUUUGGGAAAGAAGCCUACCAUCUGUGGAGAGUUUGCUAAAGCUUCUUGGAUUUUCAGCAUUGCUUACAUCAACUGCUGCAUUAAGUGUAAUGAUUUACCAAAAGGGACUGCUCAUUCGGAAGUAAACACUGUUGUGUGCCUCAAAGUACAGACUAAACUAAAUAUUAAAGUUUGUGAAAUAUCUCCAAAUAAUAUUUAAUUGCAUACAUGUACGAUGCAAUUUUAUGUUUGAAAUACCUCCCAGGCAGUUUAAAUGUAAUCUUUAGUUUAAAAAUUGGAAAUAUGUCAUUCUAAAUUUAUUUCAAUUGAUAGUUUCCAAUUUUCUCUUUUUAUAAUAGACUCUUCAUUUUGCUUUUUUUAUUUUGAAUACUGAUUUUGUAAGGUAACUUGGGUGACACAUUUGGUAAUAUAACAAACGUAAUGCAGUUAGGGAAGUUUGAAAAACCAAACCACAUUUAAAUAUGUAUUUAUAUAUCUAUAAAUUUAUUUUUAUUAUAUUUAUAUAUUACCUCAGGAUGUAACAGAUCGAAAUACCAUAUGUUCUCAAUUAUGUUAUUGAACAAAAUGCAGAUUAACAAAAAGCAGAAAUCACUCUUUUAUUGGAAAAAGUGGUCACUAUUACCACAGCCUAUAGUGUUCUAUCAAACCCCUAAUAAUAUGACUUGGGAUGAUUCCUUAUAAGAGCCAAAUAUCCAUUGAGUAUAUAACUUCAGUUGAAACAACAGAGAGAGGUCUUGGUUACGUGACAAACAAGCAUGGUAUUGAGCCAAUGAUUAUAUGAAUUAGCCUGUCUCUGAUGGCACUGUAAGUGUCUUUGUUCUAUUAACAUUCUAAGUACUAAUCUACUCUAUUUUUUUUUUUAAGUACCACCCAAAAUCUAAAUGAUCACUUAAGACAACUGCAAAUAUAGGGCAAUUUAUAUGUGCUUAAGGCACAUACAAACAACACUUUGCCCCAUAAACUAAAUUUUCUUGGUAUGGGUGAAAAGGAAUAAUAAAUAGGAAGAACGCAAAUUAAUUAGUGUAACAAUAGUUACAGUAAUAUUGCGUGGAUUGCCCUGAGGAUUGUGUAUGAAUAUCAUUAUACAUUAUUUCUUAUUCAUUUUUAAUCCUAGAUCUUUUGGUCAAUUUACUAGUGGUCCUUUAUACAAGUACAUAAGUGAUUGUGAUCAUUAUAGCUUGUUGGAAUUUUGUGUGGGUUUAAAAACAAAGUAACAUCUAAAGAAGCUGACAUUGUAAAAUAGUAAUAAACCAAAAUCCAAAAGAUUCAUUUUUCAUUACUACCUUGACAAGUUCUUUAUUCAAAUACUUGUCUGAACUUUCAUAAUGGUGCUCAGACACUUAAAAUGUAGAACGUAAUAAAGAAAAGGAACUUUUUUGGGAAAAAGGUUGACAUACAGUAUUGGUGAAUCUCUUAAUAUUGGAUUGUUGGAUUGGGUACUGUUUAUUCAUUGUGCAAUGUACUGAUGUUCCAAAUUAGGACAAUAUAUAACUUUGUGGCAAAAAUGUUUAACAUAAUAAAAUAUUAUGUUAAUGGAUA